CGCGGGGCACCGAGGACUUUGCAACUUGCCCGGGAAGGUGGAGGGGCGAGAGGGGGAGGGGGACCUCCGCACGAGAGCGAGCGGCCCGGGUUGGGGCGCCCAGCCCCGCGGCGGAUCAUGGUGCAGCAGGCGGAGAGCUUGGAAGCGGAGAGCAACCUGCCCCGGGAGGCGCCGGACACGGAGGAGGGCGAAUUCAUGGCUUGCAGCCCGGUGGCCCUGGACGAGAGCGACCCGGACUGGUGCAAGACGGCGUCGGGCCACAUCAAGCGGCCGAUGAACGCGUUCAUGGUGUGGUCCAAGAUCGAGCGCAGGAAGAUCAUGGAGCAGUCCCCGGACAUGCACAACGCCGAGAUCUCCAAGCGGCUGGGCAAGCGGUGGAAAAUGCUGAAGGACAGCGAGAAGAUCCCGUUCAUCCGGGAGGCGGAGCGGCUGCGGCUCAAGCACAUGGCCGACUACCCCGACUACAAGUACCGGCCCCGGAAAAAGCCCAAAAUGGACCCCUCGGCCAAGCCCAGCGCCAGCCAGAAUGAAGUUGGGCCCACCGAAGGUCUAGAUGAAGUUGGACCCCCCGAAGGUCUAGAUGAAGUUGGACCCCCCGAAGGUCUAGAUGAAGUUGGGCCCCCCGAAGGUCUAGAUGAAGUUGGGCCCCCCGAAGGUCUAGAUGAAGUUGGGCCCCCCGAAGGUCUAGAUGAAGUUGGACCCCCAAAGACCAUCCGGUCCCUGCUGUUCAGGGUGGUUUUUCUGGGAUGGCAGACCCUCAGCACGUUACUACUCUUCCGCCGAGAUGUGACCGUCAAGAAAGGGGCCGAUGAAUGA